UUAUAAUAUAAAGACACUUUAUUUAAUUAUAAUAGACAUUUAUAAUUUGCGUUAUAAAUGCCGGGCUAUUGUGUCGACCGGUUCCCCAACCUGUCGGCCGAAGAUCGGGAGGAAUACACGUGUAGUAUAUGUCAGGAUAUAUUCAACACUCCGGUCACCACAAGCUGUCGACAUACUUUCUGCGAGGACUGUAUCACUGAAUGGCUUGAGUCAAACACCACCUGUCCUAACGAUAGGAAACGAUUGUCACCGAGAAAACUAUCCCCAGCAUCGCUGCAACACAUGUCGGCACCGGUAAUGUUAAUCAACAAAAUGAACGCCGAUAUGAGGGACAAAACAGUGGCCAUAAUUAGGAAAAUGUUGGCAAAACAUAACACCGUUUCCGAUGUGUGCAAACAUGCGGUCGAUUGCAUGGAUCUCGAGUUCGGCACCGAUUGGCAGUGUUUGGCCGAAUGGUGUGCCGGCACUCAACGCUAUCUAAAUCCCAAAAAGGGUUUCUAUCUGCGUGUGAAAUUCACCCCGAUCACAUUUACUAUGUAUCAUUCCAAGAGGGCCCGUCUCGAGCGCAACAAAAUUGUUAGACAAUUAGACAACAUUGAGACGGAUAUGAAGGCGUCGAUGGUAUCGGUUGUGACGGGUAUUGUGUUAGACGCGAUCGACCGGUCGAGUAGUAUAAGGAAAACAGCGCGUAAUAUUGAAGCUAGAAUGGAGUCCCGAUAUGAGGGCACUAAAUGGGUGUGUUUUCUCUAUGAUCACGGUGGUUAUAGAAUUAACCGUUAU